AUGUCUUUGACAUAUGCUGGCUGCUCUGACAUUGACGGUGUCACAGUGUCCUCGCUAUUUGGACCAACAUGGCUGCCCGCUCAUGACAUCAGGGUGGCAUAUUGAUGACAGGCUGGGCUCAGCUACAUGUGCUAUCCCCAGAUCUGUGCAAAAGCAGUAAAGGAUGCACUGAAGACUGAGUUCAAGGCAAAUGCAGAGAAUACUUGUGGGCACAGCAUAAAAAUUGUGAAAAUGAAAAAGGAAUCAUCUACCCUGACUAAAGCUUAAAAUGCUGCAUUUCCAAGGUGAAGGUGUGUAGGCACAUGUUAUGGCAGAUUAAAAAUGAUCUCACUCCCUGAAAAAAGAUUUUUUUUUUUUUUUUUUUUUACUCCAUGGGGGGGGAAAAUGCCUGUCUUGUUGAUAGAUUGACAAUGCCAAUAAAUCGAAGUAUUAUUUUUUUUAAAAAAAGAGGAUUCAUUCUUGAAUACUAGAUUUGUAGAUCCCUUUCCAGCAUCCGGAAACCUGGUGGCGUAGUGGUUAAGUGCUAUGGCUUCUAACCAAAGGGUCGGCAGUUCGAAUCCGCCAGGCACUCCUUGGAAACUCUAUCGGACAGUUCUACUCUGUCCUAUAGGGUCGCUAUGAGUCGGAAUCGACCCAAUGGCACUGGGUUUAGUUUGGUUGGUGUUCCAGCAUCCAGAGCCCUGGUGGUGCGGUGGUUAAAUGUUUGGCUGCUAACCAAAGGGUCUGAGGUUUGAAUCCAGCAGCCGCUCUUUGGAAACCCUAUGGUGGCAGCUCUACUCUGUCCUAUAGGGUCUGUAUGAGUCAGAAUUGACUCCAUGGCAAUGGAUUGGGUUUGUUUGGUUUGUGGUUUCCAGCAUCCAGAAUUGCAUUUAUGUAAAGAGAGAUGCAUAGGUAUGUGCUCACUGCUCUAAUUAUUUUUCAAGGUUCUUUAUCAGUUUCAUUACUUUCCUGUUGCUGUUGCUGUUGUGUGCUGUUGAGUCAAUUCCGACUCAUAGUGACCCUAUAGGACAGAGUAGAACUGCCCCCAUAGGGUUUCCAAGGCUGUAAUCUUUUUAUGGAAGCAGACUGCCACAUCUUUCUCCCUUGGAAGGGCUGGUGGGUUCGAACUGCCUAGCAUCUGAACUCUUAACCACUGCACCACCAGGAUUCCUUCAGCUCUUGGUAGUCGUGAAGAAAAGCCUCAACAUUUGCAUCUGUCUUUCCCAUUAAGUUUAAGAUAAGUUCAUCAUUGAUCAAAACAAAGUUAGACUUCCAAAGGUAAAGGCAACUGUUUUACAUUAUGUUUUGUAAUUUGCAAUAUUUGACUGGUAUUUAUUUUUACUGUGAUACAAAUGCUUGAGGAGAAACAUCCAUGGUCUUUUGCUUCACAUAACUGUAAGAACACUGGUUGUGAUUGCUGUCAGUCCUAGGGGGGACAAUUUGCAUGUGAACAACUGAUUAGUCAGCUGCUGUUUCCAGUUUUAUGUGAAGUGUAUGUCAGACAAAGCCUCAUAUCCUAUUAGGGUCCUUCUAUCUCCAUUUGGGGAGUUUCAAAAAUUUGGUAUCCUAGAAUAGUUUGUUUUCUGAGAAAAAAGGAGUAGGAAAUGUUUUCCAUCCUUUAAAUUGAUAAGCCAUAAAAUUCAAGAUGCAGAUGGAAUUAGACCUUUAAAAUCUUUCUGUUGUAUUUAAUGUAAAUGUUCCCUUUUCUGGCCCCAAGAGGUAAGAAUAUGAACCUAAGAAAAGGAGACUAGCUCUUAGCAUUCAAGUCUUUCCAGUUUUUCAGCAUUAAUGAACUAUUUACUAUUCCUAAAAUCAUUUAUCAUGCAUCUUCUUAAAGUACUUUUCCCUAA